GUCACUUUUCCCUCGGAAGACGGCAGUAUGCGGGCACACAUGUUGAGCGCGGCAUGUGUUCCUGCAUUCAGAGUCCUGACUCGAGUUGGUGUGGCAUCACAGCCGGUUAAAGCACCCCCACCGUUGUUUACCGCUCAAAACAUCUCUGUCUACAGUCCAUGUACCUCUGUGCUCUUUAAGGGUUUGAUGUCAAGACGACCUCACGGCAGGAAGAUGUCUCUGUCUUUGGCCCAGCGGAUGGUCUGGGUAGAUCUGGAGAUGACAGGGCUGGAUAUAGAGAAGGACCGGAUUAUUGAGAUGGCUUGCAUCGUUACAGAUUCGGACCUUAACGUCAUUGCAGAGGGGCCAAAUCUCAUAAUCAACCAACCAGACGAGCUGCUCGAUGGCAUGUCAGACUGGUGCAAAGAGCAUCAUGGGAAGUCAGGGUUGACUCAGGCUGUGAGGGACAGUCACAUCACUCUCCAGCAGGCGGAGUAUGAAUUCCUGUCUUUCGUCCGGCAGCACACGCCACCCGGACAGUGUCCUCUCGCAGGGAACUCUGUUCACGCCGAUAAGAAGUUUCUGGAUAAGUACAUGCCACAGUUCAUGCGACAUCUGCACUAUCGCAUCAUAGAUGUGAGCACCAUUAAAGAGCUCUCCAGACGAUGGUAUCCAGAGGAGUACAGUGUCGCACCGCAGAAAAAGGCAUCGCAUAGGGCGCUGGAAGACAUCCAGGAGAGCAUCAAAGAACUGAAGUUUUACAGAGCUAAUGUUUUCAAAGUGAAGGAGAAGAGAAAAAUCGUUGAAAAUGGUGAUAAGAAAUCUGUGCGCUAAUCUCCAAGCCGAUCUGGGGUGGCUUUAGGAUCUAGGUGCCGAAUUCUCAUAUUUGGAGGAAAGCCUGUGUGAAUACUCCAGAGAAUGAGAGAGCAAAGCUUCAAGUUGACGUCCCCAGUGUUUGUUUCCUGUUUUAUUUGUUGACUGCAAAGUAGUAAAAAAAAAACAAAAGAGAGAAAAUCCAAAAAGUUAAAAAUGACGCAAAUAACUCAUUGUUAUGAACAAGUUCCUUUUUAUCCCUUGUGUUCCACUUUAGAAAUCUGAUUUGUUGCUGGAUCAAGUCAGUGUAUAGGUAAUGAAACAAAAGUGUGAUUGCAUAAGUUCUUCUGUCUGAGAGUGGUUUCAUUACAUCCCUUGUUUUUUGAAAUAAAAAUCUGUUGU